AUGGUGGCUAAGGAUGCUACUUCUUUAGAUCCUUCAAACGUUUUGGGCAAGGAUUCCUGUUCUACCUGGGGUGGAGGUCAUUUCUCAACCUUUGAUAAAUACCAGUAUGACUUCACUGGGACCUGCAACUAUAUCUUUGCUACCAUAUGCGAUGAAACCAGCCCAGACUUCAACAUUCAGUUCCGCCGUGGGCUGGACAAAAAAAUAGCGAGGAUCAUUAUUGAGCUGGGACCUUCUGUCAUCAUUGUUGAGAAAGGCAGCAUUUCUGUCAGAAGUGUUGGUGUCAUUAAGUUGCCUUACACCAGCAAUGGAAUUCAAAUAGCACCUUAUGGACGCAACAUCCGCCUCGUGGCCAAGAUGAUGGAGAUGGAGCUAGUUGUCAUGUGGAACAAUGAUGACUAUCUUAUGGUUUUGACUGAGAAAAAAUAUAUGGGGAAAACCUGUGGAAUGUGUGGAAAUUAUGAUGGCCAAGAACUGAAUGACUUUAUGAAUGAAGGUAAAUUGCUGGAUACCUACAAAUUUGCUGCAUUACAAAAAAUGGACGAUCCAUCAGAGAUCUGCCUGUCUGAGGAGAUAUCAAUUUCUGCCAUUCGUCACAAAAAAUAUACCCUGAUCUGCUCCCAGCUACUCAACCUGGUGGCACCAACCUGCAGUGUGCCAAAGGAAGGGUUUAUCAUUCGUUGUCAGCUUGAUAUGCAGGACUGCAAUGAGCCGGGACAGAACAAUUGCACUUGCUCUACACUGUCAGAGUAUUCAAGGCAAUGUGCUAUGUCCCAUCAAAUGGUGUUCAACUGGAGGAAAGAAAACUUCUGCUCUGUGGGAAGAUGUUCUUCUAACCAAAUCUAUGAGGAAUGUGGUUCUCCGUGUAUUAAAACCUGUUCCAACCCAGAGUACAGCUGUUCCAGUCACUGUACCUAUGGUUGCUUUUGUCCAGAAGGGACUGUUCUCGAUGACAUCUCAAAGAAUCGAACAUGUGUUCACAUUAAGCAGUGCCCAUGUACACUAAAUGGGAAAAAAUAUGCUCCUGGUGAGACAAUGAAAGCAGCAUGUAGAAGCUGUAAAUGUACAAUGGGUCAGUGGAACUGCAUAGACUUGCCUUGCCCUGGAAGGUGUUCCCUGGAAGGAGGCUCCUUUGUUACCACGUUUGAUUCUAGGUCCUACAGGUUCCAUGGAGUUUGCACUUAUAUUCUUAUGAAGAGUUCCAGCCUGCCACACAAUGGAACCCUGAUGGCUGUGUACGGGAAGUCUGGUUACUCUCAUUCUGAGACAUCACUUAGUGCGGUAAUUUACCUGUCUACAAAGGACAAAAUUGUGAUUUCUGAAAAUGAACUCCUUACUGACGAUGACGAACUUAAGCGGCUACCCUACAGAGCAGGCGACAUCACUAUUUUUAAACAGUCCUCAGUCUACAUUCAAAUGUAUACGACCUUUGGGCUAGAGCUUGUAGUUCAGACAUCACCUGUGUUCCAGGCCUAUGUGAAAGUUGGACCACAAUUCAAAGGCAGAACCCUAGGUUUAUGUGGCAAUUACAAUGGAGAUACUACAGAUGACUUCAUGACUAGCAUGGAUAUCACUGAAGGGACAGCUUCCCUGUUUGUAGAUUCCUGGAGGGCAGGAAAUUGCCAGCCUGCUUUAGAGAGAGAUACUGACCCUUGUGCUAUGAGUCAAUUGAACAAAAUAUCUGCUGAAACUCAUUGCUCCGUUCUUACUAAGAAGGGUACAGUGUUCGAGAAAUGCCAUGCUGUGGUGAACCCUAUUCCUUUCUACAAGAGAUGCGUCUACCAGGCCUGCAAUUAUGAAGAAACCUUUCCCUAUAUUUGUUCUGCUCUGGGAUCAUAUGCACGAGCGUGUAGUUCAAUGGGUUUAAUCCUUGAAAACUGGAGAAACAGUGUGGACAAUUGCACCAUUACUUGUACUGGCAAUCAAACUUUCAGCUACAAUGCUCAGGCAUGUGACAGGACAUGUUUGUCACUCUCCAACCGAGCCCUGGAAUGUCAUCCAACUGACAUCCCUAUUGAAGGGUGCCAUUGUCCUAAAGGAAUGUACUUGAACCACAAAAAUGAGUGUGUUCGUAAAUCUCAUUGUCCCUGCUAUUUAGAAGAUCGAAAAUACAUUUUGCCUGACCAGUCAACAAUAACUGGUGGGAUUACCUGCUACUGUGUUAAUGGGAGGCUAAGUUGCACUGGCAAACCUCAAAAUCCUGCAGAAAGCUGCAAAGCUCCUAAGAAAUAUAUAUCAUGUUCUGACAGUUUAGAAAACAAGUAUGGAGCUACAUGUGCCCCUACCUGUCAGAUGUUAGCCACUGGAAUUGAAUGUGUACCUACUAAGUGUGAAUCAGGCUGUGUCUGUGCUAAUGGGCUGUAUGAAAAUCUUGAUGGCAGGUGUGUACCAGCUGAAGAAUGUCCCUGUGAAUAUGGUGGUCUUGCUUAUGGAAGAGAUGAGCAGAUCCAAACCGAAUGUGAGAUCUGCACUUGCACGAGAGGCAAAUGGAAAUGUGUUCAGAAAUCUAGAUGUUCCUCAACAUGUAAUCUCUAUGGAGAAGGCCACAUUACCACUUUUGAUGGACAGCGCUUUGUGUUUGAUGGCAACUGUGAAUACAUACUAGCCAUGGAUAGCUGCAGUGUUAAUAGACCCCUUUCCUCCUUUAAAAUUGUUACUGAGAAUGUCAUCUGUGGGAAAUCAGGGGUUACCUGCUCCAGAUCCAUCAGCAUUUACCUUGGGAACUUGACAUUCGUACUACGAGAUGAAACCUUCUCUGUUUCUGGGGAAAAUCCUCUAGUGCGAUAUAAUGUGAAAAAGAAUGCCCUUCACCUGAUGUUCGACAUCAUUAUCCCAGGAAAAUACAACAUGACCCUUAUCUGGAACAAGCACAUGAACUUCUUCAUCAAGAUCUCCAGAGAAACACAGGAAACUAUAUGUGGUUUGUGUGGGAACUACAAUGGCAAUAUGAAAGAUGAUUUUGAAACCCGAAGCAAGUAUGUGGCAUCAAAUGAAUUGGAGUUUGUCAAUUCUUGGAAAGAGAAUCCUCUCUGUGGGGAUGUAUACUUUGUUGUGGACCCCUGUAGCAAAAACCCUUACCGUAAAGCCUGGGCAGAAAAGACGUGUUCCAUCAUCAACAGCCAAGUUUUUUCUGCCUGUCACAAUAAGGUGAACCGUAUGCCCUAUUAUGAGGCCUGUGUCCGAGACUCUUGUGGUUGUGACCUUGGAGGGGAUUGUGAAUGCAUGUGUGAUGCCAUUGCAGUGUAUGCCAUGGCAUGCUUAGAUAAAGGUCUCUGCAUUGACUGGAGGACGCCAGAGUUCUGUCCUGUCUAUUGUGACUAUUACAAUUCUCAUACAAAAUCAGGAAGUGAGGAUGUUUAUUCUUAUGACUACAGCAAUGACAACUGCACCUGGCACUACAGACCGUGUAACUGUCCAAAUCAAAACUACAAAUAUGUCAACAUUGAAGGCUGUUACAACUGUUCUCAUGAUGAAUACUUUGACCAUGAGAAGGGACAAUGCAUGCCGUGUGGUAAAAGCUCUACUGCUGUCACAAUACCCAUGACUACCCUGCCAACAGCACUGACUACUUCUUCUGCAGCUACUAUAUCAACAGAGAGCACUAAUCCAACAAUAACGUCAAAAAUCACAAUUCCAAGAACUUCAUCAGCAUCACCUCUUGUUACGAUAAAGUCAACAACAGGUGAAGCCAUCAGGCAGAGCAUGUCAGUAGAUUCCUAUUAA